GGGGGGUGUGAUGAGUUUCUGAGAGAUUUCAAGUGUGGCGCUGACAGUCGGACGGUGGAGCGUUUAUGAGCGCAGACGGGAGCGCGGAGCUGGCACCCGGGCGGACGCAGCCGAAAACCGCGCAGUUUGCGCUCUGCUUCCCCGCUCUGUGAGUUCCAACGCAACAAAAGGAAGCACUUGUUUAUUUUUGAAGCUUGAAAUCAUAAAAAACAACAAAAACAGAUUUUGAUGGGAACUCUGCAAAAAAGAAGCUUCGGCUUCUCAUUCUGCCCCACAGAUACAGUUUUUUUCUUCUUCUUUUUUGUCUAAUCGGAGCUGAAGGACAAUUCCCUUUGCUGUCAUCUUUUUUCCCAACGGACUUUUUUUCUUCUCAAAAGAGAAUAACAAUCAUAAAAACAAGUACCCAUCCACAUCCUGCGUGGGAGCUUCCCCUCCAUUAUUUUUUUCCCCUGUCCUCUAUUUUUGAUCCCCGCAUGAACAGUCCAGCGGGAAGUCCUGCAGCAGCAUGCCGAGGAGAAAGCAGCAAGCCCCGCGGCGCUCAGCAGCUUAUGGACCUGAAGAUGAUUUGAAAUUGGACAAGACUGAAGAGGAAGAGCAUCUGCAGGAUGAUGGACUUUCCCUUGAUGGUCAAGACGGAGAGUUUCUUUUCAAUGAUGACGAAGACCCAAAAGAUCGGUUUAGUUGUCAAAACUCUCCACUUAGUAACGGCACUAAUCCAGACGCUGGGUAUGCAUCUCCUCUUAGUACCACCAGUGAUCAAUUGGUGGACCUCAAGACCACCACCUCAACUUUCAGCGAUCAGGACAGGAUUGAGGAGAAGCUUGAAGACGGUAGUGAGUCCAUAAAUAGCCUCUCCUUACAGGAUAGUCUAGCCAAAAUGAAAGCUGUCUAUGCAAACAUGAUUUCAGAUGGUUCCUGGUCCAGCAUUGCUCUGGAUGUGUUUAAAAGUAAGCAAGCAAACAAUUUCACAGCAACCAAUGGAAGUGGUAGCGAUCAUAAAGGCAGCAACGGGCUUCUUAACAAUCACAGUUCAGGGGGAAUCAAUGCGAAAAACAGAUGUAGCAGUAACAACACCGCAGCCACCACUAACAUCACUACCAGUAGCACCUCUACAAGAAUGGCUUCAAGCCACAGCAGCAACGGCAUCAAUGUGAGCUCCAGCGGCACAGGGGGGUUAACCUACGACUGGCACCAAGCAGCGCUGGCAAAAACUCUACAGCAUACCCCCUACCAACUCCUUCCUGAGCCCAGCCUUUUCAGCACCGUGCAGCUUUACAGACAAAACAAUAAACUUUACGGCCCAGUGUUCACUGGAGCCAGCAAGUUUCGAUGCAAGGACUGCAGUGCAGCCUAUGACACUUUGGUCGGUCUGACUGUCCACAUGAACGAGACAGGGCACUACCGCGACGACAACAAAGACUCGGAAGAUGAUCGGAGCAAGAAAUGGUCCAAACCACGAAAGCGUUCUCUCCUAGAGAUGGAAGGCAAAGAAGAUGCACAGAAAGUUUUAAAAUGCAUGUAUUGUGGCCACUCCUUUGAAUCUCUGCAAGAUCUUAGUGUUCACAUGAUCAAAACAAAACACUAUCAGAAAGUGCCUCUAAAAGAGCCGAUGCCUGCCCUUACCUCAAAGCUGGUACCCCCAUCCAAAAAGAAGGUAUUUCAAGAGCUGAUAUCUCCAAGCUCCCCAGAGUCUGUCUCCUCUGGCAUACUCUUGGGAGAGUCCCCCAAAGACCAAAAGGUGGUUAACCCUUACGUCACCCCCAACAAUCGAUACGGCUAUCAAAAUGGUGCAAGUUACACUUGGCAGUUUGAGGCGCGAAAGGCACAAAUUCUCAAAUGCAUGGAGUGCGGCAGUUCACAUGACACUUUGCAACAACUGACAGCCCACAUGAUGGUCACGGGACACUUCCUUAAAGUCACAAAUUCAGCCUCUAAGAAAGGGAAGCAGUUAGUGUUUGACCCUCUAAUUGAGGAGAAAAUUCAGUCUAUUCCUUUGCCUCCAACAACAGCACGGCUUCCUGCGGCCGAUGGUUUGUCGCCUCUUAAUUCUCUAUCUCAGCUCUCUGGCCACGAAGAGAAACACGAGGAAAUCAGACAAGAAGAAAAGGAGCAAAAGAAAUAUGGAGUGGAGCACACAGAGAAAAAAAUAAAAGAGGAGAAAGAAGACCUGUCUGAAAAAACGGAAAAACCAGUAAAAGCAAGAUCUUACCAGUAUCUUAGGGAGGAAGACUUGGAGGAGACACCGAAAGGUGGCCUAGAUAUCCUAAAGUCCUUAGAAAAUACAGUUUCUAGUGCAAUCAGCAAGGCACAAACAGGAACACCAACCUGGGGAGGGUAUCCUAGUAUUCAUGCUGCCUACCAGCUCCAUGGAUCUUUGAAACCUACCCUGCCCUCCUCCCCACAGGUUCAACCUCUAUUCAGCAGCACCAGUUUAAAGGUAAGGUCUACCGAUACAAGCUCCUUGAUCCAUUCUCCACACAGCCCGUCUCCACCUCCAAGUCAAAAAAGCAAUGUGGUAGCCAUGGAGGAGCUGGUGGAAAAAGUAACUGGGAGAAGUUCAGUAAAGACAGAAAAGGAGGAAAAGUCUUUAGAGAACAAAUGUAGGUCUUCAAAGUCCCCAUUGCCAAGUCCUAAAGACAAACAGGUGUCACCUAAUCCAGAAAACCUUUUGAAGACAGUGAAAGGUUCUGUAGGAGAACAGACCGAGCCAAAAGAUAAAGAAAAGUCAAAGACUAAAAUAGACGUGAAGAUAAAACGUGAGAGUGACUCUCCAAAAGCUACCAUGAGCAAUGGCUGCAAUAACCUAAAUAUUAUUACCAACCGCAUGCCCGAGCCUCCACUUGUCAGCCCGCUCAGUGCUUUGCAGUCAGUCAUGAACAACCACUUGGGGAAAGCUUCAAAAGCGGUGACCUCUUCAAUGGACCCCUUUGCUAUGCUUUAUAAAAUGAGCAACACCCCACAGAGUAAACAAACUGAGCCAAUAAGCCAAUAUCCUGACAAUGAUGAUGAUCAACCCAUGGACUUAACUAAAUCCAAAAGUGGAAAUCGCACAACAGCUAAACUAAGUUCUACAGCACCAAACAACUUCAACAAAAGCAAAUCUGAUUUUAGAAACUCCUCCCAAUCCUCAUCACCGCCUCUUCGAGAAAAUGCAUUGAUGGAUAUUUCUGACAUGGUGAAAAACCUGACAGGCCGUUUAACACCAAAGUCUACAACCCCGUCAUCAGUCUCUGAGAAAUCGGAUAAUGACGGCUGUAGUUUGGAGGACAGCAUGGAAGAACUGUCCCCCGUUCAAAGAAGGAAAGGCCGACAGUCGAACUGGAAUCCUCAGCACCUCUUGAUUCUUCAGGCCCAGUUUGCUUCCACUCUUCGAGAAACUCCUGAAGGAAAGUUUGUCAUUAACGACUUGGGACCCCAGGAACGGGUACACAUCUGUAAAUUCACAGGUCUUUCCAUGACAACUAUCUCACAUUGGCUGGCCAAUGUAAAGUACCAGUUAAAGCGGACAGGGGGAACCAAGUUCCUAAAAAACAUUGACUCUGCCCAGCCUCUAUUUUUGUGCAGUGACUGUGCUUCUCAGUUCAGGUCUCCGUCAUCCUACAUUCACCACCUCGAAUCCCACCUUGGGUUCACCUUACAGGACCUCUCAAAGCUUUCUAUAGAUCUGCUCGAGCAGCAGGCAGUUAGCCGAUUGGAGGACAAGACAUUCGACUCAUCUGGGAACGCAGACGAAGACGCAAGCUCGGUAUAUCAGUGCAAGUUGUGCAAUCGGACAUUCGUGAGCAAACAUGCAAUCAAGCUGCAUCUUUGUAAAACACAUGGAAAGUCCACAGAGGACCAUCUCAUCUUUGUGAAAGAGCUGGAUAAGUGAGAUAAACAGUGAUUACAGACUACUGUUGCACUAAAACUCUAAUCUUCGAUCUGUCAAUAAAGAUGGUGUCCCAAAAUGUAUCAACACAGGAGCUUUGACGCUGUUUCCUAUUUUUUUUUGCUCAUCGCAAAAGACAGGUGUUUGCACUGCAGGGGCUUUGAGCCACAGUAUAAAAUCUUUUGUGACAAAAAUCUAGUUGCAGCCGACAUGCCACUAUGUAGUCAGUAAGUGUUGAAUUUCUGUCGCACUGCAAUUUUCUGAGCCUUUAGGAACAAUCCACACCUUUGUUUUUUCUUUGAAACUUUCUGUGGUUUAAAAACCAUUUCUUUAAGGUAAACACGACCUGUGUUAAUGCCGUGUUACACAGCCACUAUGUACAUUUUGCGUUUUUUUCCACACAUCACAUUUUGGUGGUUCAUGAUGCAUGCGUGUAAUACGUCAUUCAUAAAUGUUGCUCGCUCAGAUGUCCGUCAAGGAUUUCGGCCGACGGGUCUUUACAUUUGAGCUGAUCAAAAUUUAGAGAAUUACACAGUUUACCUGUAUAUUAUGGGGUUUAUUCACAAUUAUUACAUACAUUUUAGGCAAUUGUGCAUGAUUUUCGUCAAAUGCAUAAGCAAAUUUGUGGCUUUCCACAACAAUUCCACAUUUUUCUUACAGACUUUUCAUGCAUGUACCACCAAUGUAUUACUUUUAUAUCGCAUAUAAGGCGCACAUAUUACGUUAAAAGUAUAGAACUGACUCACGGAUUACUAAUGAAUGACAUAUGAACAGUGCGAUAAUGACCCACGCUUCAUGUUCUACGUUGAUUUACGUGUUCUUUGCGUGGUUUAUUCCUACUUUUUCUGUGGUUUUAACGUGGUUCAUUCGUGAUCCAGCUGUGAAAAUUUCACGUUAAGACCACAACUCUUCUCACUGUUUCCACAUAUAUUCACGUUUGACCAAUAUUCAUCGGUGCAACAUACGCAUAAUGUAUGGGGUGGCUGUGUGACAUGACCUUUAAUAAAGCAUGUCUUGAAAUAAAGAUACGUCCAUUUUACGUUUGAUUAAACUUGAACAAGGGUAAACAUCAUGGUUUGCUUUAGUCAAGUUUGGAUCUAGUUGUGAAAAGUAGAUGGUAAAAUAUAUUUUGUUUUUUAUAUUAAAGGUAAUUCGGUUUAAUCAACAGUUGACAAAUUCACUUUAUUCAUCAAUGAGUUAAAAGAACCGUCAUAAUUAUGUGUGUCGUUUAUUUUCCUCCAAAAUAAUGUAAUUUCUUGGUUAAAUAAACGUGUACAUAUUUGUUUUCCUAGGCUAAGAUUUUAUUAUUGUGGAGCUGCAGUUGUACAAUUACGAAGUUUAAGGUUUUAUUGUAUGAAUAAUCAACAUGUCUGUCAGCAUAUCUGCUCUUAACAGUUCACUCUUAUUUGUACUGUGGGAAUUUUUUAUAAAAAUAUUUUUUAGGCCAAUGAAGGGGACUCUAUGACAGUACAAAAAUAUUUCCAGACCAAAAUGUCCACUUUGUUUUUUUAUUUUCUGAGAAGUAGGUCCAUCAAUGUGGUUUACACAGACUGGACCUGGCACUGAACUGGCAUUUGAUGUGAUGCUUUUGGCUGUAAAUAGGAUUCAACAACACUGUCCAGGUUGUGUCAAUAAUCCAUUUAUUCUCAAUGCCAUUUGUUUAUCUAAAGUUGUAAAAUAAACAUCAAAUCCUGGAUUAAAACA